AUGUUGGGGUUCAUUUCGGCUCGUCAGGCCGGGCUCGACGAUCCACUGCGGCUGCGCCGGGCCGAGUCCACCCGGAGGGUUCUAAGUUUGGAAUUAAAUAAAGAUAGAGAUGUGGAAAGAAUACAUGGGAGUGGUAUCAACACCCUUGAUAUUGAGCCUGUUGAGGGAAGAUACAUGUUAUCCGGUGGAUCAGAUGGUGUUAUUGUACUUUAUGACCUUGAAAACUUGAGCAGAAAACCAAGUUACACAUGUAAAGCGCUUUGUUCUGUGGGAAGGAGCCAUCCUGAUGUACAUAGAUUCAGUGUGGAGACAGUCCAGUGGUAUCCUCAUGACACUGGCAUGUUUACAUCCAGCUCAUUUGAUAAAACCUUGAAAAUAUGGGAUACAAAUACUUUACAACCUGCAGAUGUAUUUCGCUUUGAGGGAACAGUCUAUAGCCAUCACAUGUCUCCAGUUGCUACAAAGCAUUGUUUAAUAGCAGUUGGUACCAAAAGCCCCAAAGUACAGCUCUGUGACUUGAAGUCUGGAUCCUGUUCCCACAUUCUGCAGGGUCACAGGCAAGAAGUACUGGCAGUGUCUUGGUCCCCACGUCACGAAUAUAUUUUGGCAACAGCAAGUGCUGACAGUAGAGUAAAAUUAUGGGAUGUGAGGAGAGCAUCUGGAUGUCUGAGUACACUUGAUCAGCACAAUGGAGAAAAGUCCAAAGCGUCUUCUGAGGCAGCAAACACUGCUCAUAAUGGGAGAGUUAAUGGUUUAUGCUAUACAAAUGAUGGACUUCAUCUGUUGACCAUUGGUACAGAUGAUCGGAUGCGACUCUGGAACAGCUCCACUGGAGAAAACACGUUAGUGAAUUAUGGGAAAGUCCAUAAUGAAAGUAGAAAAGGACUCAAAUUCACCAUCUCUUGUGGCUGUAACCCAGAGUUUGCCUUUGUACCAUAUGGUAGUACCAUUGCUGUUUAUACAGUUUUCACAGGAGAACUGAUAACUAUGCUUAGAGGGCAUUAUAGUACUGUUGACUGCUGUGUAUUUCAACCUAAUUUUCAGGAACUUUAUAGUGGUAGCAAAGAUUGCAAUAUCCUUGCAUGGAUACCAGCUCUUCGAGAGCCAAUUCCUGAUGACAUUUCUGAAAAGUAUGUUUCACCAUCAAAAUCUCAUUUAAAUCCAGCAUAUGAAGACGCAUGGAGCAGCAGUGAUGAUGAAGGCUGAAUUUCAAUUAUGUGCUGAUAUAAAAUUGACAUUCAGGCACUGCGUUUACAGACUUUAUCUACAGAAUUGGAUAUUAUCAGAUUUAUUAUGACUGGAUUUCUGGUACAGUUCUGUUAGAGCAAGGUCUUUCAGAAAUAAGUUUCCACUGUUCUGUGUUCUUUCUUCACUGUUACAGUUAAAUCUAAAGGAUUACUUUUUCAUACUUACUGACUUUUAUACUUACCCUUACGCAUUGGUAUACUUUAUUCAGUGUUGAACAGCUGAUAAAGGAAAAAUAAAAGCCCUUCGGACCAGUUAAUAUUGCAUUGUUUCUGGCAUCACCUCCUUAUCGCAUAAGGAGGUAAUCCCUUGAUUUCCAAGAGACAUGGUACAGAAGAUUUUGCCUGAACGAGGACUAGCUCAGGGAUACUUCCAGCUUAUUUUUAUCAAUGUCUAGAUGGAGCAGACCGUGUCCAUUUUCAAGUGCUUGUGUGCUGUGGGAGCCAAUAGGAUUUUGUGCCUGUUCUUUUGCAUUUUCAGUUUUGCGUAAGUUUCUCCAUAAAUGCAGUAUUCAGUUCAGAAGGAGGUAUUGGUGGGAUCAUCUAUUCAAGUAUUUAUAUGGUGACCCCAUCAACUAGUAUCUGAAUCUGUCCCAGAAAGUUAAGAAUAGAAACUAAUUUAAUUAGAGUUUUUGUUGCUCCUGUUAGGUUUUUAAGAUCUGUCUUCUAUGUAUGGAUCUCUCACACUUCCCUAGCCAGUGUGAAGAAUUCCUGGACAGAAACAGGCUUCAAGUACAGUACAAGGCAGAGAGUGGAUCACGUUUCAUGUUAGAAAUAUGACAUGUAGUCCGUCAAAACUGUUUUCAUCUGAAUUUUGGUCCUAAUGCUUGCUCUGUUUUGAAAGGGAGGAGCUUUGUAGGGUUAUUGUCUCACCUCAGUCACUAGUUUGUGCUUCAGACAUAGUGUAGUCACCAAGCUGAGAGCUGAGUUAGAGGCUCCCAUCAGAUGUAGAUGCAGCUCUAUAGAGGAAAAAUUCCUUCCAAAGCAGAGCAGAUAUUAGGACCACAAAUUCAGACAAAAGGAAAAAAUAUUGUACAAAUAAAUCAAAGAUAAUAACUUAAUCUUUGUAUAGUGUGUAUUAUUUCUAUUAUUAGUAUGCAUUUUAGAAUUAAUUCACUGUGCUUCUGUAUUUUAAUAUCUGUAUAAGAUAUAGGCUGUCAGUUUCUAUAUCAAUCUAGAGUCUAGCAUUGUAAAAUGAUACAAAGUGAGCAGUGGGCAUAUCAAGGGAAUGUUAUAAUUAAACAAGCUUCAUAUGUAGUGCAUAUUUGCUGGGAGAGACCCACUAUUAAGUGGAUAGCUGCAGGGUGGAAGACUUCCAGAAGUUUCAGCUGAAGUUAAGGACCAGCCUGACACUGUCACUUUACAGGAAUAGAGAAGAGAAUUUUCUGUUUUUUUUUUUUCAAAUGGUAGUUUUCAUUACCAAUGGUGACUGUUCCCUCUAAAGUUGGAAAAACUGGGGAACAAAUUUGAAGAAAGAUUACACAUUUUGAUUUUUGUUUUGAAGAGGAUGACUUUUUUGUGUGUUAUAAUUGUACAUAUCAUUUGUAUAUGCCAACUGCAGUGCAUGUAUUUGGUAUUUGAAUUUCUAAAAAUGUGCUUAGUAAAUCAUAGAGCUAGUUAUCAAAGA